AUGGCUUCAGAACUGGGUCCGUCUUACCAGCCCAUCUUCCACUUGAGCUUGGAGAUUCCCGCCUUCUUCAUGUCCUACCGCUGGUGGGAAGAUGAAGCGACUCCGGUGUUUUGGGCAUUUGAUAUCCUAGAAAUCAGCAGGGUAAUCCGAUUUGGACUCUUUCGUGACGAGAACUUCCCGCGAACCUCACUUCGCGCUCGCCGAGUGGAUACUAUUUACAACUUUUUAUUUGCCAUGUCCCAACCCCAUGAACAUCAGCUUCUGGGAAGUCUCUCUCACAUGCAGAGAGUGGAGGAAAUAUUGCGCCGGUCGAGUAUUGCUCCUUUCGACCCGAUUCCCUGGAAUUGGCUUCCGCUGGAAUCGAACCAGUCUCUCGAUGCCCGGGCAAUCGCUGCGGCCAUUGAGACCGAGAGUCAUUUUCAAUUCAGGCAGAUUGGUUUUGAAGAGCUGGUACGCGCUUCUCUUGGGUACCGUGCCAUCAACGUCGAGUGGUUUCUACAACAGCAUACGGCUCUCUACAUUAUUCUCUUGGAACAUCUAAAGGCCUACCCAGAGGACAUCCCUUUAUACACCGAGGUAGAGAAGCACCUUCGAUCGCGUAGUCCAUUCGCGCACCGAGCGUUGGUCCAGUCUCUACUGGCUGUGCGACCUGGAAACUGUAAUAUGGCACAGCCUAACGCUGGGUUUGACUUCAUCGCAGGCCCGAUCCAGCGCCUGUUCAAAGACGAAACCGGUAGACUAGCCGCCAUGCUGAAAAUGUUGAGCGUGCUAGCAAUCCGAUUCCGACGACAAUACAUGCAUGCUUCAACUAUGGACUGGAAAACUCCUUUCGACACCUCAGUUCCCUUUCUAGAGGACUGUCUCAUAUCGACAUCCGGGUCGGAUCUGGCCCGCAGCUUAAAAGCCCUGAAUGAGCACCAGUUCGCCGAAGUUACCCGCCAAAACCUCGUAGCAGAGGAUGCCGUGAUAGGAAAUCUGCUUUGGCAUUGGCAAAUGCUCAGUGUCUCCGUCUGGGAAUGCUGCUCAGCACUUCCAGAUCUAAUUCCACACAUCCAAGAAUGUACCCAGAACCUCCUUACAGCCCGUGAUUAUCAUUCUCUCACAGCUAUCGUCAAUGGUCUCUACAACUACACCAUCUCGACAAUGCAAGCCGACGGACCCACCAUCACCCUGGAAGCCCUGACACCCCCGGAAAUCGGCCUCCUCCUGAACCCAGUGCAAAACUACGCCUCGUACCGCAAGCACUACAACGAACAACCUGGUAUCCCGUUCCUGGUUCCCCAUCUCCGUGAUUACAAACAGAACGGCGAAUCCGUCCUCCAGUCGGUCUUCCAGUACCUGCAACGAAGCCGGUGA